AUGAAAGCGGCGACAGCUGCGACGGCUGCGCGGAUUGCUGAAGAUGUUGAUGAAGACGAAGACGAAGAUGCCGAGCAGCCAGAAGUGCUACACGACAAUGCCAAGUGCCAACAGCAACGACAACAUGAACAACAACAACAACAACAACAGCAGCAACAACAAACAGUGCAAAAGGGGAAAUUAAGUGCCAAAGGCAACAACAGUUGCAGCCGCAACAGCAACAGCAACUUUCGCAGCGUCAGCGAAGCAAAAUCAAAACUAAAUUUACAUAAGAAAACAAGAGAACACAGAGCAAACGAGCAGCUCAAAAGGCAUAAUCAAAAUAAACGAAACAGCAACAGCAACAACAGCAGUAACAACAACAGCAAGAACAGCAACCGCAACAUGGCAGCUGCUGCAUGUAGCAGCUGUGGGCGUGGCCAACGUGUUGCCGCCUUGCGGUUAAUAUGGCUGCUGUUGCUGCUGGUGGCCAACAGCAAUGGCCAGGCGCAAGCAGCACCAGCCAAGCCAGCAACUGUUGCAGCUGCCGCACAGCAGCUACAGUUUGGCGUUGAGGGCGACACGCCCACACUGAUUGUCGCUGCCAAGCAGCAGCAACAUGAGCAGCAGCAGCAGAAACAACAUGAGCAGCAGCAACAACAUGAACUGCAGCAACAUGAGCAACAACCAGCAGCAACAUGA